AUGUCGCCAGCUAGAAACUUCCGUUGCCAACUGUUAUCGGGUCAACUACCCAGCCCGAACCCGAAAAGGAUGUCGUCCCGCAGAAGAGCUCUCCUCAAGGUUAUCAUCCUCGGCGACAGUGGGGUGGGGAAGACUUCGUUGAUGAAUCAAUAUGUGAAUAAGAAAUUUAGCAACCAAUACAAGGCUACGAUUGGGGCGGAUUUCCUGACAAAGGAGGUGCAGUUUGAGGAUCGGCUUUUCACUUUACAGAUAUGGGAUACUGCUGGACAAGAAAGAUUUCAAAGUCUUGGUGUUGCCUUUUACCGCGGUGCUGAUUGCUGUGUGCUUGUCUAUGAUGUCAAUGUGAUGAAAUCAUUUGACAAUCUUAACAAUUGGAGAGAGGAGUUCUUAAUUCAGGCUAGUCCAUCUGAUCCUGAAAAUUUUCCUUUUGUUGUGAUUGGGAACAAGGUUGAUGUGGAUGGUGGAAAUAGUAGAGUGGUGUCUGAGAAAAAAGCCAGGGCUUGGUGUGCCUCCAAAGGGAAUAUUCCAUACUUUGAGACAUCUGCUAAAGAAGGCAUCAAUGUUGAGGAAGCCUUCCAGGUUAUCGCCAAGAAUGCCUUAAAGAGUGGUGAAGAAGAGGACAUAUAUCUGCCCGACACAAUCGACGUUGGUGGCAGCAGUCAGUCGAGGUCAACUGGAUGUGAAUGUUGA